AUGGCCAAGAUCAUUGAUGGCAAAGCCAUUGCCCAGUACGUCGGCGGUCGCGAUGACUCGGCCGUCUACAUCCGCAUGAAAGUCCGCGCUGGUAAUGAGCUACCGGCUGUCACCUUUGCGCACAUGUAUCGCUCCCGCCUUUUCUGCCUCGCCCAUCCACAGCUGCUUGAAUGCAUCCGAGCCCUUAAUGAUGACAUGGACGUCCAUGGCAUUAUCGUCCAGCUUCCCCUCGACUCGCAAGAGGAGAUUGACGAGGUGACCAUCACCAAUGCCGUUCGCCCCGAGAAGGACGUUGAUGGCUUCACCCGCUACAACACUGGCGCUCUGGCCCAAAAGGGCGAGUUGCCCCUCUUGUACGCCUGCACCCCCAAGGGCUGCAUGCAUCUCAUUGAGAGCACCGGCAUUGAACUGUCGGGCAAGCAUGCCGUCGUCAUUGGGCGUAGCGACAUUGUUGGCCGCCCCGUCUCCUAUCUCCUGACCCGCCGCAACGCCACCGUGACCUUGUGUCACUCCCGGACCACCAACCUCAAGGAGGAGGUGGCUCGUGCCGAUAUUGUGGUGGCGGCUGUUGGUCAGCCAGGCCUGGUCCAGGGCGAUUGGCUCAAGCCCGGUGCUGUGGUCAUUGAUUGCGGCAUCAACUCGAUUGAAGACUCUUCUAAAAAGUCUGGCUUUCGUCUGGUUGGAGACGUGGAUUUCGCCAGUGCCAGCCAAGUGGCCGGUCACAUCACCCCAGUGCCUGGAGGCGUUGGCCCCAUGACUGUUGCCAUGCUGAUGGGCAACACCGUCGCUGCCGCCCGCCAUGCCACCACUGUGCGCCCUUGGAAGUUGCGCAAGCUCAAACUCAAGCCCCUUACGCCCGUGCCCUCGGAUAUUGAAAUUGCGCGAGCACAAAAGCCCAAGCCCAUCCAGCGCUUGGCCCAGGAAAUUGGCAUCAUGGACAGCGAGCUUGAGCCAUACGGUUCUUACAAGGCCAAGGUCAAGCUGCAACUGCUCAAGCGCAUGGAGCAUCAGAAGAAUGGCCGCUACGUCGUCGUUGCCGGCAUUACCCCCACCCCUUUGGGCGAGGGUAAAAGCACCACCUCAGUUGGCCUCACCCAGGCCCUCGGUGCUCAUCUGAACCGCAACGUCUUUGCUUGCCUGCGCCAGCCCUCUCAGGGCCCCACCUUUGGCAUCAAGGGUGGCGCUGCGGGCGGCGGUUACUCACAAAUCAUCCCCAUGGAGGAAUUCAACCUGCAUCUCACGGGCGAUAUUCAUGCCAUCACCGCGGCCAACAACCUUCUUGCAAGCGCGAUCGACACGCGCAUGUUCCACGAGGCCACGCAGACCGAUGAAGCUCUGUACCGCCGCCUCGUUGCCAAGAAGAAGUUUUCCAAGCCUCAGUUGCAGCGCCUCGAGAAACUUGGUAUUACCAAGACCAACCCUGCCGACCUGACAGACGACGAGCGCCGUCGCUUUGCGCGCUUGGACAUUGACCCCUCGACCAUCACUUGGCAGCGCGUCAUGGACACCAACGAUCGCUAUCUGCGCAAGAUCACCGUGGGCCAAUCUCCCACGGAACAGGGCCACACCCGCGAAACGCAGUUUGACAUUGCCGUGGCCUCGGAGCUCAUGGCCAUUCUGGCCCUCUCCACGGAUUUGGCCGACAUGCGCGAUCGCAUGGACCGCAUCGUUGUGGCUGCCGACAAGCAGGGCAACCCCGUCACGGCCUGUGAUAUUGGUGUGGCUGGCGCUCUCGCCGUUCUCAUGAAGGACACCAUCAUGCCUACCCUCAUGCAGACACUCGAGGGCACUCCGGUCAAGAUUGCUCUCAAGCUUGUGGGCGAGGAUGGCUUUGUGGUCACCGAGGCCGGCUUUGGCGCCGACAUUGGCAUGGAAAAGUUUUUCGACAUCAAGUGUCGCCAGAGUGGCCUGCAACCCAGCGCCGUGUGCCUUGUGUGCACCGUGCGUGCCUUGAAGAUGCAUGGCGGUGGCCCGACUGUGACCCCUGGUGCACCCCUGGCCAAGGAAUACGUCGAGGAGAACUUGGACCUGCUGCGCGCUGGCCUGUGCAACUUGACGCGUCACAUUGAGAACGUCAAGAAGUUUGGCGUGCCCGUCGUCGUGGCCAUCAAUGGUUUCGCCACGGACACGCAGGCCGAGGUUGAACUGAUCCGUGAGGCUGCCCUGAGUGCUGGCGCAGCUGAUGCCGUCUCCUGCGAGCACUGGGCCAAUGGCGGUGCUGGUGCGGUGGGCCUGGCCGAGGCGAUUGUGCGUGCCACUGACGCGCCCAGUGACUUCAAGCUGCUCUACGACCUGGACUUGUCGAUUGAGGAGAAGAUUGAAAAGAUUUGUCAAGACAUUUAUCGCGCCGAUGGCAUUGAAAUUUCUCCCGAGGCGCAGCGCAAGAUUGCCAUGUACAAGGCGCAGGGCUACGGUCACUUGCCCAUCUGCAUGGCCAAGACACACCUCUCGUUCUCGCACGACCCCGCUCUAAAGGGUGCACCCACGGGCUUCACGGUUCCUAUCCGAGACAUUCGUGCCAGUGUUGGAGCCGGCUUUUUGUAUCCUCUGUGCGGCACGAUGUCGACCAUGCCUGGUCUCCCCACGCGUCCCUGCUUCUACGACGUGGACAUUGACCCGGCGACCGGCGUGAUUGACGGCCUCUUUUAG